AGGAACGAGAACUUCGAUACCGAAUUAAUUGAGUGCAUCAACCGGAUGACUACAGAUUCUGAAAGUAUAAUAACAAAGUGCAUUGGACCCGCGGGCACCAGAAUGUAGAUUAAUGCGAGAAUUAUCGAGUCGAUUAAUUUUCGAGCAGCCACGUCGUUCGUCCUUGUAACAAGGAACUAUGCAGUUCUCUUUGUAAGCACGAGUGUUAACAAUUAUUCACUGAUCGUUCGGAAAUGAUUGAGCAUGAUUGGGGAAUGAUUCUCGGAGUUGACAACGAUCGUGCGGUGUCUGAGAAACACCGAAAGUGAAGUGUACGAUUGGGAGAGAAACCCCUCGGGAAUCUCUGCCGGAAGUAUUCUAAAAGAUUGGCGGCGUGGUUUUGCUUGAAAUGGACUCGGUGACGGUGACAGUGCCGCUUCGUCAGCCGACGAAGAAAAUGAAGAAGCGGAAGGAGCUAGAUGCCCUGGCACCGGCUCAUGCUAUCUCUCGUCGGAGCUCCGGAAAACGCAGUUCGCAGGAAUUGUUAACAGACAGCAGUGACGAUCGUUCGGAAUAUUGGAAUGUUUCGACUAGAAACAGUCGUAAAUGCAGGGGCAGAAGGGACCGCGCUUGUCCCGGCUUUCUCAAGGCUUGCAAUGCUUUUUUGGCGUGUGCCUCCGUAUUAGCUACAGCCAGUUUAAUAUGGCUAUUUAUCGACGUUCGUCAACAGCUUACUGCUCUACGAACCGAGUUAGACCAAGUGAUAGCGGGUAGCGAAGGUGUCCCAGAUGCUCUACAGAAAUGCCACUCGUUGUCACGAGAUCUGCAGAAUAACCAAACCAUUAUUUUCUCAAGAUUAUCUGAUCUCAAACAGCAAAUAAGUAAUUUUACAGUACAGCUGGCACACAUUCAACAGGAUUUGCAUAAAGUACAGGAAUACUUCCAAGCCGCGCCCAAGAUGGCCAAUUUACCGAAACGCUUAGAUGAACUGUCAACUAGCGUCGCGACAUUUGGCAGUCAAAUAAGAGACCUAGGAGCCACUGUAGAUACUCUAAAGGAAACGAAUAUGAGGGUUCAAGAUGCGCAGACCGUUAUGCAACAAAAUAUCAGCAGUAUUAAGCAUACUAUGUUAGAAUUAUCGAACAUUACUCAGAAGCCUCCGCUUCUGAGCACUGAUGAAACACAACUCAAGACUGACAAACUAAAUUCCACGAUAUUGCACUUAAUGAACAAUUUGACGCAUAUUAACGAGACUCUGUCCAGCAAGUUGCAAUGGGUUGCCGAUGAUCAAGACAAGGAUCGCAAAAAGUUAGUUUUGCUUCAAGAAGCAACAGCAGCCAUUAAUACGACAGUGAUGUCCUUACAAGGGGAAUGCGUUAAGAUGUCUGACCAAACUUCUGUUCUAGCAUCGGUUCAGCAAUUAAACGAAAAGGUGAAUGAGAUACGUGCAACGGACGUAGAACUAAUUGGCAAGUUGAAGCAAUUGGAACAAUCGUACAACGGAUUGAAAAAUUCCACUAGUAUAAUGUUUGCGACUGUGUCCGAGAUGCAGAAUCAGCAGAGUCAGAUCAACAAAAUCAAGCUACCUGAAUCCUCAAACGGCGAUACGACGACAGAAAUGGAUCACGGUGCGACAGAUGUAAAUGAUAUCGUUCAGAAAAAGGUUCGAAGUGACUCCCGAAUGUGGCGGAAGCGUUUCGCUGUGAACGAAGAAUAAAUGAACUCGGGGAAGUUCACACUCAAGCAGAAACUUUCAUGCAGAUGAAAGCCGUUUUGUAUACAAUCUGAAGAAGCUGUGUAUUUGUAAAUACUAAUAAAUUAAGUGCAUUAUAAUUUCAUGUACAUAUAUAGAAAGAGAGACUAAUACUUGUCGAUCGCACGUCUCCGGUAGAAUAAUCUGCUGAGGUGUAAAACAAUUAACGUUUUAAGAACCAUCGAUUGGAGACCGCGAAAGCGUGGCCUGAAAGAAGCUAUUUGUGCCGAGUAAUAACUUACAGCGCAUAAAUGUUACUGUUAGUAGAACGAACAUUCUGUAUUCGACCUAGAUUCGGAAGGCGACUUGGACACGUCAAUUCCUAAGCGAUACUAAACGUAACAUAGCGAAAAAGGUAUUUCAGAAAUACUACGGAAAGUACAAAAUCCACAGCCGUCUACAUUUUCGGUUGUAUAGCGUCUAGUGAAAAUGUUCGUGUUCGAAGUUAACGACAGUAUACUUGUUGAAAAGUUUUCUACUCUUCUACAUUUUAUAGCGUAGUACGCUGCUAUAAAUUUCUCCGAGCUUUCCGAUACAUAAUAAUAGAAUUCCGGGUUGCAGAGAAAAUAUCUAUAGGUGAUUUACAAUGUAUAUUCACAAUUAAUACGUAUAGAGAAAGGGAGAGGAAGAGAGACGCAAAACGAUGUUAACUGACAAAUAACAGACAGUGUGAUAAAGUUGAAAACAGUUGUACAUUCCGUUACUGUAUAGGUAAUCACGUUCGAUUUUUCGAGAUCGAUAGAUGCACAUUGAUAUUGUAAGUUUUCAAUCUAACAACGCAUGCACCGUGUGUAUAGUCGAACGUAAACGAUUUAAAUUAUUAGUCCACAGCAAAUAAUCUACAUUGUAAGUGGUGUUGUAGUAGUUUGACUGAAUUUCUUCUUAACAAAGAAUGAAUAAUUAUUUUUAUAUAUACAUCGGACGUAACGUCUGUGGAAAAGAUAGACGGAAAUAACAGGCUCUUCGCAUUGCAAAACUUUGCAGUAGCUCUUUGGUAAACAAAUGAGUUGUUUUUGAAUAUACCGAUACCGAUAUCUUGUGUAAUCGUAGAGAUAGCGUAUAUACAUGAGAAUUAGUGAGUAUUCGCAUGUAAUUAUUUUACAUGUGGUACCGUUCUAACGAAAUAAUCUAGACGAUUAGAACGUCGUGUGAGUGAAUGCGGCAUCGUCAAAUAAAGACCAAUCUAUUUGAAAUACAAUUUUGGCUAUAGUAUCCGUUUGUGAACUUAGGAAGAUAAUUACGUGCGAGUACGCGAUAAAUCGAUUAUAUGCAGCAAUGCUGAAGUGAGUUAAUAAAAAGGAAAAAAAAAACGCGUGGCGAAAGUGAUGAGAUUUCUUCGAUCCUCAGGAUUAUCAAAUGUUCAAGCUCACUCAAUAAAAUUCUGCAUUUGCUCAAUUCUGAAAUAUAAUCCCGUAAAAACUGUUAUACACACAUAUCUACAUGUUACGUGCACAUUAUUUCACAGAAAUUUAAAGCCUUUUCAUAUUCAAAAUUCCAUAUCUCUCUCUUGCUUCGUCAUCAGUUUAGAAAUAGUCCAAAUGAUUUCGACAAUAUUUUUGCAUUUCAUAUUUCUCACAAUAGAUGUAUAAUACCAUUCCGGCAACGUGAACUUGUUUCAAUUCCUGCUUCGUUUUUAUUCGUUUUUCUCGAGAAGUGCAGGCUUUUCCGACGCCUCGCAGUUGGGAAGCUUAUCGCCUCGAUCAUGGCGUGCCCCGCUCGCGUGCCUCCGAGCCUCGCGCGAUUGGUCGGACCUCGUAAUUCUAUAUGAUGCAUCUGGUGCAACAGAUGCAGUGCGUCUCCAUAGUUAAGGUCGCCUCGCGUGCGGACGACGCGAAUGAUUCAGUCUCGGCUAGAUUUUCUACGAUUCGCUUACGUGGUGAGAUGUGCGCGUCCACAUAACUGCUACGUAAUUCGGAAAGCUGCGCUGUGCGUCCAUAAAUAUCCGUGGCCGGGUACGACAGUGCUCAUUAGUAAGUAACGAGAUCACCCAAUUCUGUAUUCUGUAUUCUAACUUUGGCCCGAGCACUAACGCUAAAUAUGGAUCGGAAUUGUUUUGUUUUGACUGAGCAUUGUGUAGAUCGUUACAUUGUUGUUCGUACACAUUUUCACGCGUGUGCGACGUUCCAUAUUUUCGAGGUAUUAAUAAUUACGGAUAGAGACGAAUAGAAUCGAUGGAUUCGGAGUUAAAUAUAGAAUGUAUAAAAUAAUCGUUACAUAAAACGACGAUCGAUGUAUCAAUUGUUCAGUUGCAUGUCUCGAUCACCAUGCGAGAGAUAUUGGGUAAAAUAAAUAAGUUGAAACAA